GCACUUUGUGUUAUUGAUACGAUAGAUAUCAACCGGUUAAUAAUACUCCCACUACCUGGGUAUCAAGGAAUUCAACUAAUUAGGUAUUCUGCUAAAAUGACUACUUCAAGCAAUAACUUUCCGUUGGAAAUUAAAGACCUAGAUCCAGAAGAAGCAGAUGAAAUACAUAAACACUUUUUCAAAGGGUAUCAAAAUGGAUUUUUGCGAGUCGGCCCAAAGGGAUAUUUUUUCACCAACGGCAUUAAAGUAGAUAUUAAAAAUACAUAUAACAUGCCAAUACGACCUGACGAUACUUUUGUGGUCACGUUCCCUAAAUCAGGAACGACUUGGACGCAGGAACUUGUUUGGAUGGUGGCAAACAAUUUAGACUACGAAAAAUCUGAUUCCAUACCGCUUCAUGAACGGUUCCUAUUUCUAGAUAUGUUUAUGGUAAUAAAUAGCGAUAUAACGAAGAACUAUAUGAAAGACUUCGUGAAAGGAGACGAGCGGCUGUUAAAAAUUAUAGAGAAAGUGACUACUCCUGGCACCGAGAAUGCGGCGAAGUUGCCUUCGCCUCGGUUCAUUAAGACACACAUGCCCUUUUCACUACUGCCGCCGAAGCUGCUGGACACCGCCAAGGUGGUGUACGUGGCGCGCGACCCUCGCGACGCCGUGGUGUCCUACUACCACCACCACAAACUCUUCCAUUUCAUGGGCUACACCGGCGACUUCAAACAGUACUGGGAGUACUUCAUUCAGAACAAAAUCGAUUUUACUCCGUACUUCCCGCAUGUGAUAGAAGCUUGGGAGCAAAGGAAUCACCCUAACUUACUGUUUCUCUUUUAUGAGGAUAUGUUGAAGGACUUGCCGAAGGCAGUUCGACAAGUUGCGGAAUUCCUUGGCAAGACUAUGACUGACGAGCAAGUCUCUCGUCUAUGUGACCGCCUCAAAUUCGAUAACUUCAAGAAAAACCCAAUGCUUAACUUCGAAGUCGGGGGAAGGGACCUAGGAUGGAUAACUAAAAAAGAUAGAACAUUUAUUAGAAAAGGCAAAUCUGGCGACUGGCGCGAGCACUUCGACGAGCAGAUGACCGCGCAGGCGCAGCGGUGGAUCGCCGACAACCUGCGCGGGACCGACCUGCGCUUCCCGACUAUAACUGAUAGUGAUUUAGCAUCCUACAACAAAUAAACGAUUUUGAAUUAUUAAUUUUGAAAUAAUCACCUUUAACUGAAAAUUAUUAUAAUACUCAUUUAAAU